AUGUUUUUCAACAUCAAAUUAGGUCUACUCGCCGCAGCUGUGGCAGCAGCUUCGGCGGAUGAUGGAAACCUUCGUAAACUCCACGACGUCCGCUCUCAUGAAACUCACGACGUCCGCUCUCAUGGAAAGAAUGGUGUCAAUCGAGUUGAGUCCAAGUCACGUAGUGGAGGAACCCAAACUCAGCCUUGUGUUUUGGUGGAAAGGGUACAAGAAACUGAAGAGGGGGCUGAGAAAUCCUGGUACUGUUUGUUGAAAGGUGAAGAUGCUCUUGAGGCCGGAUUCUCUGUUGCCAUCGAAGGAAUCGGUUUCGUCAAUGACGCCUACGAUGGAAAACUAUGCAGUGGUACUAUCGAGAUGCUUGCAACAAAUGCAGUCAUUAACAGCUCGGAGUUGACGUUGACCAUCACUGCUGACAGCGAGAUCACCUUCCCUCCGGUUCAGAAUCGCCGGAAGCUCAAGUCUUCCACUGGUAUCCAAAAGGCUCUUGUGGUUCGUGUUACAACGAGCGAUGGCAAAGCGCCUGAACCUUCCGCGGCUCAAAUGAGCGAUAAGGUAUUUGGAACCAGUGGAGACAUUGUGAACGCAAAAAGUGUAUUCGAAGGAUGCUCCCAUGGGAAGAUGAAGGUUGUCCCUGCAACAGGCGAUGGAGUUAUCAAUGGCGUAAUCGAAAUCACUUCAAGCGCUGUUUCGAUCCCUAAAGGCGACCAUGCGAUCUACAAUGAUGUCCUCGAAAAGUUGGAAACUCAUUUUUCAGUUACCGAUCUUGCCUCCAUUUUUGAAUUUGUUUUGAUUGGUAUCCCAGACGGCACCAUGAAGGGAGCAUGGGCUUAUGCUCAGACUCCUUACAGUAUCUACGGUGACCCAAAUAUACUCUAUCCUACCAUGACGGUGCACGAAAUGGGCCACAACUUGAAUCUUCACCAUGCAAAUGAAGGAACAUCUAAAGAGGGAGUCAAUGGAGAUCAUCAAGGGAUGAUGGGCUAUGUGAUUGAUCAUGAUGAGGGACUUGCAGCCAAACUUUGUUACAAUCCAGCCAAAAAUUAUUAUAUCGGUUGGUACUCCGAUAGAUUACAAGACGUAAAGCCCCAAAUUGCUGAAUACUCAGGAAAGCUUAUUGGCGUGGGCAAUUACGAUAAAAUUUCAGGUGAUGACAAAAUCGUGUUGAAGCUUGCCGGUCCGCCUGGUGACGAAGAUUACUACAUUGGGUACAAUCAUGCUUCUGGUUGGAACGAGGGGACUCAUGAAUCUAUCAAUGAAGUCACUGUCGUGAAACAGAAGCCUGGUUUUGAAAUUUCGACCAAGGUUGCUUCGCUCAAGCAAGGUCAAGAAUACAAGAUCUCGAAUUAUUUGGAUCUUGGUAAAGACGUGACUAUCAAGGUGACCCAAGUGGAUGCCAACACCGCAACUGGAUUUGCCGCGGUGCAGAUUUGUUUUGGGGCGUGUGGGUCAAGUCCAGCCACUCCUGCUCCCGUCUCAACUACUCCUGCUCCCGUCUCCCCUACUCCUGCUCCAGUCUCGCCAUCUGGGGGAUGUACGGAUGACGCGAAUUGGAAGGACACGGAUGAUUGGGGCUGCGCUGAAUACAAAAGUAAUGCGGUGUGUGAUCCCUACGGAGACUGGGCUGUCGACGGCGUGAGCGCAAAUAACGCUUGCUGCCAUUGCAAAGGUUCAGGCCCGAGUUCUACUCCUGCUCCAGUCUCCACUACUCCUGCUCCAGUCUCGCCAUCUGGGGGAUGUACGGAUGACGCGAAUUGGAAGGACACGGAUGAUUGGGGCUGCGCUGAAUACAAGAGUAAUGAGAUGUGUGAUCCCAACGGAGACUGGGCUGUCAAUGGUGUAAGCGCAGAUAACGCUUGCUGCCAUUGCAAGUAA